CGGAACAGUAGCAUCUGUUGUGCCGUCCUUGUCUACUUUGAUCUUAUACCAGUCCGUUCUUUCAAGUGAACCAAUCCGUCGGCACGAGCUUGUCCAGUGAUCUCACGCAACCGCACCUCCGGCAGCGCAAGCUCUCCACCAGCACCGACCCAUUGUCGCACACGGCAUUCCAAGGUUCCCUCAAAUAUCCCGGUACUGUUAUCAAAAACUAUGGACUCCGCAUACGACCACAUCCAAGAGGAGAGCUACCCAGAAGACCCAGCCCCGCAGCAACAGGCCGGCAAAGACAGCUCCAAGCCGGGCGCGAACAACUUCAACAGCGAGAUCCAAGAUGCCUACAAAGCCAUAUCCAGCAGCCCAUGGGCAGCACGCCUGGGGGGCUUCCUCGGAUCCGUGAAGAAGCAGGGCGAGCACUACUACGAAGGCGCAAGCUCGAGCGCGACAGCCGGCCUCUCCAACCUCAUAAAACACACGCGCAACCUCUCUGUCAGCGCCGGCGACUCGCCGACCUCCCCAUCAGCCGCCAAAGACGGCCCCUCGACCGCAACCACAACCGACCCCGCCUCCUCCGGCGCGCACCCCGACCGCCCCGAAUCGCUCCCCGCAGACAUCGUCAAAGAAGCCGAGGGCAUGCUGAGCCGCUUCCGCGCCGAAGCGGCCAAGCGCCUCAAAGACAUCGAGAAAGCCGAAGACGCAGCCGACGAAGCGCUGCUCAAAUUCGGCACCAACAUCCGCGCCUUCCUGCGCGACGCCGUCACCAUCGCGCCCCCCGAAACCGACGCCCACGGCGCCGCCACCGGGAAAGUGCUCUUCGAGUCCAAGGACAGCAGCGGCAAGAAGGUCGUGCAUGCCACCCGCUUCGACGCCCAGCUGCACGUCAUCCACUCGUCGCUGGACUCGUUCCUCAGGGACCCCGUGAGCCCCGAGUGGGAGAGCUGGAAGAAGGGGUUUGAUGUGGACAAGAAGACGGAGGCGAUUGCGAGAGAUCUGGAGAGGCAUGUGGAGCUACGGACGGCUAUGGAGACGUGUGUGCCUGAGAAGACAGAGUAUAGGGAUUUUUGGUGCAGGUAUUAUUUCCUGCGGCAUGUGAUUGAGAGCGAGGAGCAGCGGAGGAGGGAGAUGCUGAAGGCAUCCGCUCCGGCAGAGGAGGAAGUAGCGUGGGACGAGGACUCUGACUCCGAAGCCGACGCGGCAAAGACUCCCAGCAAGCCCACCCCCACCAACAAAUCCGCUACCAGUCUCGCCGCCUCGAAAGAAACGCUGAAGCCCGCUGCCGAGGAUACACUCAAGCCGGCGCAGCCACGCCGCUCAAACGACGAGAAGUCUGUAGCGGAUAGCGACGCGAGCUACGAUCUGGUCAGUGGAGCGACGAGCCGGGCGCCGGGCUCGCCGCAGGACAAAAAGAAGGAGGUUGUUGCCGAAGAGAGCGACGAGGAGGACUGGGAGUGAGCGGGCAUGGGCUUGGAUGGAGUUUGUAGGCGUUGGAACGCUUUGAGUGGGCUUGAGUGAAUAUUACUCGAUUUCUAUUCAUCUAUAUACCUGUGCGGGUAUUUUGCGCGGACCCUAAGUACCCUA